AGAAGGUUUAUAUGGGUCGUAUUUAUGUCCUAAUUUAUAACUCGUAAAUGGAUUCAAUUUCCAAAAAAAAACGUGUUUUAUUCCAACAUGAGUACGACACAAAUCGGAAUUGCUUCGACUAAAACUAGCCAAGCCGGUCCACAAAACCUUGAGAAAUCUCCUCUUUAUCUGCCCAGUCGCGUGAUGAUAAAUUACAAUCGACUAAAAAUAAUUCUCAUCAGUAUCAGUCCGGCAUGGAUGUAACAGGAAUGCUUUUUUCCGAGUACCGUGAACCGACUUUGAGUGUAAACUUCCAGAAAGUGGUCAGACCAUCCUCAACCAUCAGGGAUUCGUUUACAUACAAAAUUGAGAAACCCAGUGACCCAAUUUGCUGGAAAAUCGCCGAUGGAAAACUGCUGGAAGUUCCUCAGCGCAACAUCGGGAUACUUUUCGACUCAGAAUCUUAUAUAAUUCAAUGGGCAUUUGACUUAAGAUCGGAAGAUCAGUUGCUGCUAAACGAACAAUUGGUCUAUCACUGGACAGGGCAAAAUGCGAAAAAAGGGGCUUCGCCCCUUCCGCCUGGAAUCGACGAGAGCGUUCCAGUCGAGCGAGUGGUUCAGUGGAGUGAACCGUUUCUGUUUUUCCAAAACUUUGUCCGCGGUGUGUUUACGUUUAUUGGAUGUGAUGAGGACUUUGACGAAAACGCGUGCCAUUUGAUGCUGAUAAGGGGCGAAAUUGUGCAGGAAAUCCAUUUAUAUGAAGUGCCAUGCGAAAGGGCGUCAUUGAGGAGUAGAGCCAGUUUCAUGUUAAUCCUCCCAGGCGAAAAAUCGUUCAUUUACUGGCAUGGCACUCAGACCAGCUUGGAACACAGAAAAAAUAUUGUGGCCGUUUUGCAGCCGGAGAAGGUCUUAAGAAAAUGGAAGCACAAUUGGGCCGGGUUUAAUGUUACAGAAAUUGAGCAAGGCGUGGAAACUGAGGCUUUCCUUUCAGCUGUACCGGGGGAUGAACGCCGCAACCCUCCAUCGGAAAGGAAAAUUGCCGAUUUCAGUUCGAAGCUUUUCUAUUUGAACUCCAUUACUGGAACUUUCCUGGCCACCGAAGUUGAGUAUUCUUUAAGGUCGGCCAAUGUCGCCCCUUUUCCGUUUUUGCAGUCCCAUCUGUAUACAGCAUUACAACCAGCUUUGUUCCUUCUUGAUAACCACACAGACAUCUGGCUAUGGAAAGGACAAAAGAAUGUUAUAAAUGACGCAGACUAUACAAGAGACUUAGCAUCCGCUGAGGAAUUAGCCGAAAAAUACGUGACUCUAAAGCAUCAAACAAUUGAUGAAAAAGUGGCUUUGCACCACGUUUUCGCCGGCGAAGAACCAAUCGGAUUCAAAAAUGCAUUCCCUUUCUGGCAAGAUAAAUGACCAGGAACAAGCGGUUAAGAAUUAAUAAAUAAUCACGCACU